AUGGAGUUCACCGAGAAUCUACCGAUUUCCUACCCCGUUCUCAGGGCCAUUCUUCCGUAUUUAUCCAUCAAAACUCGGUGAGCUUUCAAUAUUUCUGUCCGGCAAGUUUUGACUCUUGUGAGGACACCUUUUCGUUUCAUUUUCCCCCUUUCUAACUCUGCCCUAUUCGCCGCUCUAAAUUACCGAUUCUGCUAUAGCAUUCAUUUUGUUUUUUUCUGAUCUGCUCAACGUUUCCGGAAAAUUUCAAUGAUUUCCAACGUCAAUGUCAUUUCCAGAAGAGAACUUGCCAUCGCAGCACCGGACACAAGGAAUCUGCACGAGAAUUUCGGAUUUCAUUUCGACAAAGUCCAUGUGUCGAGUGAACAUUUACAAAAAAACGUUCAAUUCGAUUCGUUGAAGUGGGAGAGCGAUAUUAUCAGGUCAGGUAACACCAACAGAUAUCGAAAGAAGUUCAUUUGUCCGGAUGGGAAGUUGGAGUUUUUGCCAUAUAGCAGGCACGCUGACAACGGUCUUCUCUGUCAUUAUCUUGACCGUCCAACACUUUUAUUCGUGAAAUGAUCGUGGAAAACUGUUUUCAUGAAAAGUUCUUCAAUACUUUCCCUCCGAAACGAGUUGAUUUGCUCAAAAUCAAGUCGGAGCAAGCCAUUUUUCUCGCAAAAUUGAAGGAGACUGUGAUCGGAACGUUUGAAAUCGAGACUAGAAGAAUUGGUUCGGAGAUGUUCGAGAAUUUGAAGGUAGAGAUAAUCUUAAAAGUUGACGAUAGAAAACUUCCAUUUUCCAGAAUCUCAACGUGAAAAACAUUAAAAUACGGACUGAGCAGACUGAUCAAGAUUUGUUUGACUUGAGGCCAAAGCGGAAAUUGGAAAUUUUCGAGUAUUUUUCAAACCAGCAUACAUUCCAAAAGUAUUGUGAACAUUUCAAAGGAUCAUCUGAUUCCGCUAUCGGCUCCUCAUAUUCGACCGUUUUCAACACGCCGACGUUCGAUCCCGAACAAUUUAUCGAUCAACUCAAAACUGAUUUUCACGGAACCGAUAAAUAUCUCGACGGAAGGUACGCGUCCAGAAUGACUGCAUCUUUAAGUUGAAUACUUUAACACUUUGCUUUCAGAAAGUGCGCCACUGUUCAAAGUAGGCAUUCCAACAGUGAAGUGAACAUUUACUACGAGCGCAAAGACGAUCAAGCCAACGCUUUUGUAUUCACAGUGCUCGUUUCCAAGAAGGGAAGUUCGGUGAGUUGUUUGAUGAAGAUGGGAGACGAAAAUGUUUUCCAAAGUUGCAAACUUCCGGGCAAAUUUUUCAAAUUUUCGGAAAUUUCUCAAAAUUUUAGAACCUGCCGGGCCGGUUCGGAGAAUUUCAAGUUAAGCCUGACCCGUUGGAUAUCGGAUAUUUUCAGUUUACGCCAAAAAUGACUGCACUUGUCGAGACGGGAAAACGAGUUCUCCGAGGAAUGUCCGGAUUCUUGCUGCCUCUGAUUCUAUUCUCGUUCAUGUUCUCACUGACAUUGAACUAA